CAGCACUGUAUUCUUCUUGUUCUGAGGGCCCCAGGCCUGUACACAAUACUGCAUGUGGGGCCUCAUGAGGGAAGAGCGGAGGGAUACAAUCCCCUCCCUCUCCCUGCUGGCCUCCCUUCUGUUGAUGCAGUCCAAGUUCCUGUUGGCCUUCCAGGCUGCAAGUACACACUGCUGGCUCAUGUCCAACUUUUUGUCCGUUAGGACUCCCAUUUCCUUCUCUGCAGGGCUGCUCUCAGUGAGUUCUUCUCCCAGUCUGUAGACAUAUCUGGGAUAGCCCCGAGCUGAGUGCAACACCUUACACUUGGCCUUGUUGAAUCUCAUUAGAUUCACAUGCACAUAAUCAUCCACAUGUGGCUGCAUAGAUUGUUUUGGCACUUUUAUCUUUUUUCACUUUAAUAUGGCAUUACAAGUUCUGUCUUGAAGAUAGCUAAAAAGCAGCUGGAGAAUGGAAAAUACCUGUUAAAAAUGAAAUAUGACAUGUUCAUUCUGGAUAGGAAUGUACUUCUCGGUUAUACAACUAUCGUUCUGUAUUUAACUGCAUUUACAAGAUUUGUCUUGUUACCUUCAUGGGAGUUCACAGCUUAUUUGACACUUCCUUGGGCUAUAAAUUAUGGGUACUUGCCUACUGAAGGGUGAUUUAUUAUUUAAAUAAAUAAAUAAAAAUUAUAUCCAUCCCACAUGUAGCUGGAAAGAGGCUUCUUUGUGCACCGAGCCUUUAAAUUGAGAGCAGCCAGGUACUUACUGCUUCCACUUUUUCAGAUCAUUUUGCUCAAGAAUCGCAGUCAAUUCCUCUCGUCAUGAAGAGUGUUGCUCUUCUUUUCCUAGUAGUGAUUUGUGGCAUGGGAGGACUGGGACAAAAGCUGAAACCCAAGAAAAGAAGUAAUGGUGAAGAAAUCAAUUUUCGGACUAAAACCAAAGACAUCUGCACAAUGAUCAUGACUGGGGAUGAGGAGAUGAAAGUGAGAAUUGAAUGCAAAGGCCAAGGCAAGUCCUACUGGUGUGAAUACACUGGCAAGCCAUUGGUCUGUCGUCCUUUCCGAAACAAUCCAAAAAUGUACUGGAAUCAGAUCGCCAUGGAACUUAGAAAGCUCCCUCAUGCCUGCGAAUCCACACAAGUGUUGAAGGCCACCAUGUGCCAAAAGGCUCCUGCAGAUGCUGUCAUGAAGCAAGUAGCUGCUGGCAUGGAGCCGGAAGAUCUAGCAAAUCGGGACAAAUCAUCCCAGAAAACUUCAGCUUCUAUGAGGGGAGCUGGGAAAAGCUCUGUUAAGAAGAUAGGGAAACCUGCAAUACUACCUCUUAUAAAACCAACCCAGCAUGGUCAAGGUUCUGAAAAUGAAACCGAAGCAAUGAAACUGGCACGGGAACACUGCUGGGAGUCCCUGCACGAGUUCUGCUCCUACAUUAUUGGCUUCUUUAGAGGUUAAGGAUUUACUUCAGGUAAAACUCUAUCUUGAAGCACAGUAGAAUGUACCUAAGAGUAAUCCUGCCAUAAUUCUAUUUAUUUUAGUGUUGGGGAUCUCUCAGGGGUGUGAACAGGGGAGUUCAGGAUCACUAACUAAAAUUUAAAGUUGGAAAUUCUGUACUGUUGCUUCUGCAGGUACGCAGAUUCUAAACUCCCCUAGUGUCUGGUAGCUCAGAACUCAAUGACAGACUCUUUAGUAUGUACUGAGAUCAUUGUUCCAUCUGCUGAUAACAAAAAGUGUCAUUCUGAGCAUCACUUGUAUGUCUGCUGUUAGAAUGUAUGUCUGAAUCCGAUUUGUUUAAUUCCAACUGUUUGGAUUGGGCUUGUUUCUCCCUUCUGUCUUUCCUUCCCUCUUGUGCUGAUUUUUGGAUUUCAGCCAGUUGAAUGUAAUAAAUAACAAAUACAACAGAUGCAUGUGAAAAGUGCAAUUUAGAUAAUUACAUUCAGAAUCUGAAGAAUAAAGCUUGUCUGUCAGAACUGCUGAUUAGUCGUUAACCAUUUAAAUUUUAAAAGCGAUUCAUAAGCAAUUUGCAGAAAUUAAUAAAAACACAACUGUGUCUGUUUCUGUAGCCAUGCUAGGUGAUCCCAUGCAGACUCCUCUGGUAAGUCUCAAGUUUUCAGCCAGGCUACACAGUGGUAAAGCCGUCCCAGAAGUUUUAAUUGGCUUCAUACCCACUUACAUUUUACCUCAGAGAGACUGCCAAGAGCUGGCAGCUAAACCUGAAAAACUUUUGACAGAAAUGGGAGUAUACACAGCAUGAGCCAGGGCUUGGUUCACCAGUGUUCUUAGUUGUGCUUCAUACAGCAAAGUGACUAAUUUUUUUCUUUUUUUUUUUUCCCCUUUGUUUUGCAGAGCAAACUUUUUUCACAGCUGAAGAAGGGUCCCUGCUGUAGCCUAAUAACUUAGACUUAAGAAUUUGGGUUUAAACGUGAGUCAUCUCUAUAAAAGUUGUAGCUAUUUCCUCUGCACUCCUAAAAUGAAACUUUUCAACAGCCUUGAAAGAAGCAAGAAUCAGAGUAACUGUACUUGAAAUAUAAUAAACUGACUCCAGCAUGUACUGCAUUAUGUAACCUAGGUGCCACUUGUGCUGGUCUUGAAUAGGAUUUUGUGUGUGCUGAGCUGCUUUGCUGUGCUAGAGAUGAAGGCUGUACAUGAUGCUACAGUUAAGGCAAACAAUAAAAAUAAGGAUUUUGGAAA